UUUUUUCAUUCUUCCUAAUAAUAUUUCAACUUCAACUCCUCUAAUAAUAUUUCAACUUCAACUCCUCUUUCUUCCUCCGACGACCUCUCAUUAUUAUUUUUUUUCUUUAUCGUCGGAUUUAUCGUUUUUUAUCAGAAGAAAAAACUCGGAUUAAAAAAAAAAUCAGGAUUUAGACAGAGACACUCGACAUAGUUUAUUAAAGAAAAAAACAUUUGUGAAACUUCACAAUUAGGCAUUACAGCUAGCAAAGAAUAUAGAUUCAUAGACAUAUUUUAUCUACAAAAUUUUGCAAAUAGAAAGAAAAAAAAAAGAGAUGGGUUUUAUGACAUUAUUAGAGGUGGCAUCGAUGCCAAUAUUGCAAGUGCUAAUAGUAAGUGGUUUAGGAGCUGUAAUGGCUACUGAUUAUCUUAAGCUACUUCCUGCUGAGGCCCGCAAAUACCUCAACAGAAUAGUGUUCGUGGUAUUUACACCAGCGCUGAUGUUUGCGAGUUUGGCAGAGUCUGUCACCUUUCACGAUAUCGUCACAUGGUGGUUUAUGCCAGUAAAUGUUGGAUUAACAUUUCUAUUUGGAGGGAUUCUUGGAUGUAUAGCUGUGAAAAUAUUGAAACCAAAGCCACAUCUUGAGGGACUCAUUAUUGCUACAUGCUCAUCAGGAAACUUGGGAAAUCUUCUUUUGAUUGUCAUUCCUGCAAUUUGCAAAGAAGAUGGAAGCCCAUUUGGUGAUCAUAAAGUUUGUUCUUCUGUUGGCUUGUCCUAUGCUUCUUUCUCCAUGGCACUUGGAGGUUUCUACAUUUGGACAUUCACUUAUCAGCUAAUAAGAAGUUCAUCCUUGAAAUUUAAAGCACUAAAAGCAGAAGAGGAAGAAGCACUUAAGGAACCAAACAAGGACUUGGAUACAAAUGAAAAGUCUAACCUUCUUGACAACAAUUCUCAAGAUCAACUUCCUAUUAGUAUGACAAAAACCACUGAAAAUCAAACAAAAGUAGCAGAAAUAGUGACAAGAAAAGGAUCAUCAUGGAGCAAAAUAGUAGGCUCGGUACACACUUUCUUGGAAGAGAUAACGGCACCACCAACACUCGGAGCUAUUGUAGGAUUUCUAUUUGGUUCAGUAUCAUGGCUGAAAAAUCUGGUGAUUGGGGAUGCUGCUCCCCUUAGAGUUAUUCAAAACUCUGUCAAAUUACUUGGGGAUGGAACCAUUCCAUGCAUCACCCUUAUACUUGGAGGCAACCUUACCCAAGGAUUGAGGAAGGCAAAAGUAAAACCAUCAACUAUAAUAGCAGUAGUUAGCGUACGGUUUAUCUUCAGUCCAUUGAUAGGAAUUGGAAUGGUGAAAGCAGCAGCCAAUUUAGGGUUCCUUCCAGCAGAUCCUUUGUACCAUUUCGUGCUAAUGCUUCAGUACACCGUCCCACCUGCCAUGAAUAUCGGAACAAUGACACAAUUAGUUGAUGUAGCACAAGAAGAGUGUUCAGUUCUAAUCAUGUGGACUUAUUUGGUAGCAGCACUAGCACUCACCAUUUGGUCCACUGUAUUCAUGUGGCUCUUAUCAUGAUAAAACUUUAUAAUGCAUUCUAUACAACAUAUCUUUUUUUUUUUUUUUUUACCCCCCAUUUUGGAGGAUUUAUAGUGUUUCCACACUUUCCCUCCAGUGUGACUCGAACCCAGGACCUAUCGAUCGUGGGUGGAGGUGCUUAACCAACUGAGCAAGCCCUAUACAACAUAUCUUAGCUACUGGAAGCAGCAUUUUUUAUUUUUGGAGUUCCAUUUUUAGUCAAAAUUCUUUUAUGAUUGCGCUUGUAUAUUGUUCUACAUUUAUUUAUGAAAAUAUUAAAUCAUUAUUUCUCGUUCUUAA